GGCCUGCUGGGACGUACAAUAUCCUCCACUUUCACUCCUGACAUCACACCAAUCAUCCUGGCGGCGCAUCGAGACAACUAUGCCAUCAUCAAGCUACUUCUGGACCGAGGGGACCGUAUCGCCCGUCCACACGAUCUACAAUGUGCCUGCAAUCUUUGCGUACAGGCCAGUCGUGAGGACAGCCUGCAGCAUUCAAAACUACGAAUCAACGCCUAUCGGGCUCUCUCGAGUCCCUCACUGAUCGCGCUCUCCAGCAAAGACCCUAUCCUGACGGCGUUUGAGCUGAGCUGUGAACUGAGACGGCUAGGCCGACUCGAAAAUGAGUUUCGAGACGAUUAUGAAGAGCUGUCGGAAAAAUGCCAGCUAUUUGCGACUUCAUUGUUGGAGCAAACGCGUGGUUCCGCGGAGCUAGCUAUAGUCCUUAAUCAUGAGAUCUUUUCCUACGGUGCUGGAGCCAACGUUAAUAUGAUGAAGACCUCGAUCAUGGAUGAAACGUCUACCGAGAGAAUGCGUUUAUCGCGACUCAAAUUGGCCAUUAAGUGCAAGCAGAAAAAGGUGCCAAAGUAA